AUGAUCUCGGAACAUCAUUAUAAUUGUCGUUCUCUCACAAACCUCAGCUUGCCCACUUCUACAAUAUAUCCCAUCUCCGCCUACACAAGUAUCAAAACUCGUGAUGCUGCGACGUUGUAUCCUGAUCCCCCUCCCGACCAUUACCAGUUUCUCAUAGCAACACCCAAUUCGCAGAAGUAUCGAAUAUUUUUCCGACAUCCAGCAUAUCCGCCUGGUGAUAACAUAAUCUUCAUUCUGCAUGCUUUGGAUCACGCUGAUGGCGGAAUCCAUCAUGGCUUGGCACACUGUGCUUGUUCAAUAUUCGCAGAUAAUCGUAUCGAUGGUUAUCUAAGUAGAACCUGUAAUGACGAAUAUGGCGACCGCAUUGAUGCUGCUUGGGACGAUAUAUUACCAGCCGGGGACGUAGACUAUUAUUUCUACGUCCCUUACCCUUCCGAAACGCCAUUGCCUCCUGCCAACACGUCCCGGAAGCCCUAUCGAUGGCCUAUUGUGACAAACUUUCAGGACUGGCGAUUUCCAAAGGUCAUGCAUGAGGUGUUUACUCGCCAUGCAAAGUCCCAGGACGCCUUUUUUGUAGCUUCCCGCCAAUUGAAUUGGACAGAAGCAAUAAGCAAGCGCGAUGCGAAAUGUCCAAUUACAGCAUUCAUAAGUGGCACAGAAGCUGUGCACUUGGUUCCCGAACAUGAGGAACAACGGUUUUUGUCGAAUUCUAUGGCAAGGUGGAACCACGAAUUUAAUUUGGAACCAGAACACUGGCUGAGAGACCUCAGCAAUGGAGUCCUGUUACGAUCCGACAUGCAAAUUGCUUUUGAUUUCCGCCAAUUCGUCUUCUUUCCCAAGGGCGACGAGGGCUUUGUUGUGCACAUGCUAGGAGGGUACACCCCUGACAUUGGUCAAUUACACCAUAACACCCGUGUUUGUAUUCCCCACUGUUCUUUGGCGUUCUUGUAUUCGAGGUUUGCGUGGUCUAUAAUUCCUUUCCUUACGGGGUUCUUGAGCAGACCAAGGAGCAGUCAACUCGUCGUUCGAUCGAGAGAUGAUACGGGCGAGCGAGUAAUAGAAGAGGUCACAAACACCUUUCUAUUGCCAAGCACAGAAAUUGCAUCCCAAAGCACAAGCUCUAAAAGCCGAUCCCGGGAUUUCGCUGGACAGGAUGAUUCUGAUAUUGAACACAAUCACCGCAAACGCCGCCGAAUCUGUCGAGAUUCCAGCUCUUCCCAUUCUUCCGAUUCUACUAAACCAAGUCUUGACUACAAUCAACCGACAUUUCGGGCUUCUGAGGUUGAAACUGCAAAUAACAUACAUUCUCCCAAUGGAGUUGAGACUAGGAUACCUCCUCAUCUAAGCCCGGAACAAUUUCGUGUCGAAGAACUUCGACGGGAAGCACUAGAGCGUCAAAGGCCAGAAAAUUACAACCCGCAACGACCACCGUAUGACAGACAUAGACCAGCGAUAGAAGAAUUGGAAAUCAUGGGUGUGGAAAUCAGGGACGAGUUGGACGAUGAAGAUUUAUGA